AUGUGGCUUCCUCGUUAUUUACUAGCUUUUGCCUCGAUUAGCCAGCUCAUAAUCAACAUUGAUGCCUCCCUCGAUGCCACCACAUCAGCACUUUGGCUUUGUGACCGUGCGUUCUUCCCAGACGACGAAGGCGUUCGGCACGCCUUGCGAAUGUUUCCUGGCAUCACUACAGAUUACUGGAGAGGAUUCUCCUCAGGGAGAGGAAUCUCCUCAGAGGAAGCUGCAAUUGCCGAUUUCAAUAAGCAAUGGCUCAAGGCUCAAGCAUCCGAUUCUACCACUCACCAGAGUCACCAGGCUAUACUGGUGAAAACAGUGAUAAACUAUCUGCUGUUCAACCAAUCCAUGUCUACAAAAGAUCUGCUCAAAUGGUGCAAUGCACUCGAAACAACAGUAAUUAAGCACUAUCAGGCACAUGGAAAGCUUUCUGAUUUCAUUAUCUUUGCUUUUCACACUCUCUUACUGAGGCAUCGCAAUGUCAAGGGUUUCUGGGGAAAACUCAACAACAUGGUGGACCGCAUUAAGAAAGGUCUUGGCCCGCAUCCCUACAACAUCCCAUGGGCGCAUGAACUCUACCACCCUCAUCUCAGUGUCAAUGGCAAUUUUCGUAUUUGGAAGUGUCUUGGGGACCUGAUAAGCGAUGAACCAAGGUUGAAACUCCUCGGAGAGGCAAUAAAUAACUACCCUGGGAUGCCCCCUCUCUGUGCAUCCAAAAAUGUGCCCGAAAAGUCUAGCUUUUCAAUCGGAAAACUAGCUUCAAGUCUAAAACAACUCAAAGUAGGCCACAAAUCUUCCAAGGCAGGGGAAGUCGCCGAGGAAGUCACCAAGGAAGUCGCCGCCUAUCGAUAUAUCACCGAAAACAUUAACAGCAUCUUUACAGAAAUCUUCUUGCUGUUAAACCAUCUGCUGUUCGGCAAACCCAUGUCUAUGAGAGAUCUGCUCAACUGGUGCAAUGCACUCGACCAGACAGUCAUUAAGCACUCUCCACAUGGAAAGCUGGCUGAUUCCAUUAUGUAUGCUUUUCACACUCUCUUACUGAGGCACCGCAAUGUCGAGGAUUUCCGGGUGAAACUCGACAACAUGGUGGACCGCAUUAAGAAAGGUGCACUCCAUGACCCGCAUCUCUACAUCCCAUGGGCGCAGGAAAUCUACCACCCUCACCUCGGUGUCAAUGGUAAUUUUCGUGAUUGGAACGUUCUCGGGGACCUGAUAAGCGAUGAACCAAGGUUGAAACUUCUCGGAGAGGCAAUAAAUGACUACUCCGGGACGUCCCCCCCUCCAACUCAGGAUCUCUCCGCAUCCGCAAAUGUGCCCGAAAAGUCUAGUUUUUCAAUUGGAAAACUAGCUUCAAGUCUAAAACAUCUCAAAGUAGGCCACAAAUCGUCCAAGGCAGGGGAAGUCGCCGAGGAAGUCACCAAGGAAGCCACCAAGAAAGUCGCCGCCUAUCGAUAUAUCACCGAAAACAUUAACAGCAUCUUUGCAGAAAUCUUCUUGCCUGAACCAGCCAAAGACCUAUCCUCUCAGACUAGAGUGGUCUCGAUAGCUGUGCUGUUUUAUCUUCGGAAGAUAGAUAUGAAGACGAGAGCUGUCAACAUUGCACAGUCAAUCAUACAGAACCCAGGCUCCCACUUCCUAUUUGAUUAUGAACGUUUACUACUCCAAAAUUUGAUAAAAUAA